UUUUCAGAGCAGCAGCAAAAAAUUGGCGAAGUUGACCAAAAGGGUACAGGACCUUUCUCGGAGGAAUACUAGUAAUAAACCCAUAGUAAAUGUGUUUAUUAUCACAUCAAUCGUUAUUUUCGUCGCACAUCUUCAAUCAGCCGACUACUGUGAAUGGAUUGUACUAUUUUGUUCUUUUAGAUCAGCUUUACGACGCCCAGUCGGCAGCCAUAGCAGGACAUUUGACAUUCGAGGAGACCUCGAUCUGCUAGUGCAAUGGCAGUGUUCAGUCCACAGGUGCUUCUGGCAGUAACAAGAUCAAGGGGAUCCUACCUGCUGUCUAAAAGGCACAGCUGCUGCCCCCUCCCCUCCACCUACGUCCACCACCACCUGGACCCCCCCAGCUGCCUGUCGCCCCUACCCUCCCUCAGGCACUCUAGGUCUGGCUACCCUCAGUGCGUUCGGCUCCAUGGUGCCAGACCACACAGCACCACCCUGCUGGCCAGAUCUCUGCACAGCUCCUGUGUCUGGCUGCAGGACACCAAGCAGGACACCAAAGCCCCCGCCACCCCUGCCCAGGAUGACCCCCCAGAGACCCCCAAGAAUGGCCCCUCUGUAGCGGCUGCAGCUGCUGCCCCUACGGUCCAGGUAGUGAGGAAGUCUAUUGGCCAGAGGGUAGUGGAUGAGCUGAAACACUACUACAAUGGUUUCAGGCUGUUGGGGAUCGAUACCAAGAUCGCAGGGAGGAUGGUGUGGAGACUGCUGCAUGGACAACUGCUCUCACGCAGGGAGAGGAGACGGGUAAGGCCGGGGGAGUGAUACACAAUAAACCAAUGUUUCAUCUAGCUGCUCCAUCCCAGAUGUUAGCCACCAUGGCCUAUAACGUCCCACCAAUGGACAGCUUAGCUGACAAUAUCACGAAAACGAUGCGUGUGCCUCAGAGGGGCAGAAGGCUAUGUGGUGUUGUGGUUCUGGGUGACCAGAUAGCUAGCAACAAUGACAAGAACCUGCCAUGUGGUGAAUCAUAAGUGGCUCGUUUGAUCUUGUUCUAGAUACCAUGUCUUGUUUUGAGGUAUUUUGACUGAUGUCACAUCUAUGCUAAUAUGGC